CAAAUCUCUCCCGUUUUCCUUCCUUCCUCCCUCCCUCCUCGAGAGCACCUCGCAACCACCGUGCAUCGCCGAUCGCCGGCGGUACAGCCGCCGCGCAGCGGCUCCGGCGGCGCCAAGUAGAUGAUCGAAGCCCUGCCUCCACAAUGUCCUCCCGCCGGAAGUCUCCGUCUUCAAGCCCGCCGGCGGCGGCGGCGGCGGCGGCUCGAGACCUCAAAUCUCGGGUCAUCUCCUGCCUCAACCGCCUCUCCGAUCGCGACACGCUCGCCCUCGCCACCGCCGAGCUCGAGUCCAUCGCCCUCGGCCUCACUAACGACGGCUUCUCCUCCUUCCUCAGCUGCAUCCACAGCACCGACGACGCGUCCCGGUCGCCCGUCCGCCGCCAGUGCGUCAGCAUCCUCGCCCUCCUCUCUCGCUCCCACGGGGACGCCCUGUCCCAGCACCUGCCGAAGAUCGUCUCCAUCAUCACCCGCCGCCUCCGCGACGCCGACUCCGCCGUCAGGUCGGCCUGCGUCGCCGCCGCCGCCGCCGUGGCGGCGGAGAUCACGACGCCCCCGUUCUCGUCGCUGAUGAGGCCCCUGAUGGAGACGCUCACGGCGGAGCAGGACGCGAACUCGCAGAUCGGCGCGGCGAUGUGCAUCGCGGCGGCGGUGGGGGCGGCGCCGGAGCCGGAGGUGGAGGUGCUGAGGAGGGCGUUGCCGAGGGUCGCGAAGUUGUUGAAGAGCGAGGGCUUUAAGGCGAAGGCAGCUGCAAUGGGGAUGAUAGGGAGCAUCGUAGGUGUUAGUGGAGUGUUGAAUAAGGGGAUUUUGGAUUGGCUGGUGCCGUGUGCGCUGGAGUUUUUGAGUAACGAGGAUUGGAAUGCGAGGAAGGCGGCAGCAGAGGCGCUGGGGAGAGUCGCCAACGUGGCGGAGAGGGAGCUGGUGGUGGAACACAAGGCUUCCUGCGUGAAGUGCUUGGAGAGUCGGAGAUUCGACAAGGUUAAAAUUGUUCGGGAAACAAUGAAUCGCACUUUGGAGUCGUGGAAGGAGGUUGCAGAUCUUUGCGAGGACGUCUCGGCCGUUUCCCACCCCCUGUCUGCUCCGUCCGGUAGUGGCAUCGCUGAUUGCCUGCCUGCCUUGUCAAAAAGUUUGCAAGACAUUAGCGUUACAACUCCUGAGCCAAAGAAACAGAUCAACAGGUCGUCUCCGUCGAGUAGUCUGUCGUCUCUGUCCAAAAAGUUCACCAAAAAGGAAAUACCCCUAAAGUACAGUGAUAAAAGUUCUUCCAUCUCAUCUGCUUUGGAUCAGGCGAGAUCAACUGAUUCGAAAGUUCAAAAUACACAGCCACACUUAACCUCCUUCAAGUUGGAUCACGAGCAUGACAAUACGAUAACUGAGAUCAAAGUUUUAGAAACAGGAGAGCGGGAUGAGAAAGAAGACACCAAAGGAAAAGUGAGACGUGCUCUCUUCGGUAAGAUUGCAGAUGACAAAGUUCAGAAGUCUGUGGCUUCUAAAUCUGGUUCUCGUGUGGUACCAUUUGAUGAUCUAAAGGAUUCAGAUUUAAGUGCUGCAGUCAGAGACGAGGAAAUGGAAGACUUAUCAUUGAUCCGAAAACAACUUGCGCAAAUUGAAAAUCAGCAGUCCAGUCUGUUUGACCUUCUUCAGAAUUAUAUUGGAAGGUCUCAAAGUGGGAUGAACUCUCUGGAGACUCGUGUACAUGGUCUAGAGAUGGCAAUAGAGGAGAUUUCAUAUGAUAUAGCAUUAUCUACUGGAAGGUUUCCAAAUGUGGAAAGUGCAGACUACACAUGUUGUAAGUUGCCUGGCGCAGAAUUCUUGAGUUCCAAAUUCUGGAGGAGGGCAGAUGGCCGGUGUUCAACUACAAGAUUAUCUUCUUCUGAUGGUGUCCCAUCGACAACUAUGUUGCAUGGCAUUAGCAAUAAAAGUGCUGAUGCAGAAAAUCAUGAAGUAGGGAGUCAACGGGUACAUAACCAAUACAAUGGAUCAUCUGUUGUAAAUCAGGAAACGGAUGUUCAAAGUAAUUCCAGGGAAAGUUUGGAGUCAUGUUCAUACAAAACAUCAAAGAGGAUGGUCCUAAGCACCGAGAGAAUGCAAUUUCACAUGGCCAGUGGGAUCAAUGGGUCUUCAUCUGGUAGUUUUAGGGCACUGGGAAAUCUACGCAGCAGGUUGUCUGCAUAGUUUUUGGAUGGACUGAUCCAUUUCAAUGUUCAUCAUCACUGCUGAGAGACGACGAUACUCAAUCCUUAACGAAUGACUGCAUCACAAAUGAGAAGCGCCGCAGGCUGACAAUGGUUCUAGAAAUAAGUAUUGCCUAUCAUUUUGAAGUGACAUGAAAGAGGCAACACCUAACUCUGAGGCUGCUCCCAGGAUUAGGAUGAUUGGAAUCAAGACAAACCACCUCGCAGGUGUAAGAUUGACCACGUGAAAAAAGCAGCCUUUGAGUGUGCAGGAUGAAUGAGUUAUUUCAUUUACGGUUCAUUCCAAUAUUAAGUAGAAUCGAUCUGCGCGGAAUGCAAUGCUUCAUCUGUCUAGUUGCUCGCUGACAUUAUGGUAAGCGGAUACCGCGAUGAAUUUAGUGCCAAGAAAUAGAUCGAGUUUUGCUGCA